AUGUCAGGCGUGUGGGUGUUCAAGAACGGAGUGAUAAGGCUCGUUGAGAACCCUAACCAGUCAGCAGGCGACACACAUAGCCGGAGGAAAGUGAUGGUCUAUUUACCGACAGGAGAAGUGAUCUCAUCUUACUCGACGCUCGAGCAGAUCCUUCGGAGUCUUGGAUGGGAGAGAUACUUCGGUAGUGGCGACACAGAUCUUCUCCAAUUCCACAAACGCUCAUCCAUUGAUCUCAUCUCUCUCCCUAAAGAUUUCACCAAGUUCAGCUCUGUUUACAUGUACGAUAUCGUCGUCAAGAACCCUAAUUACUUCCACGUCCGUGACUCUAGUUAA